UCUCAUCCACCGAUUAGUCAUUAACUAUAUGAGGAAGUGUAUUUGUUUAUAGUUUAUGGAAUAAGCGUUUUCACAGCUUGAAUUACGCAGGAUGGCCAGUUCAGACAAGGCAGAAAUCUCCUACGAGGAUCUGAAAGCGCUCAUGGCAAAGAGCGAGAAGCUCCUCCUGGUUGAUGUUCGCACCAAAGAGGAGGUGGAUAAAGGACGAAUCCCAGGGUCAAUUCACAUCCAUGUUGAUUCCGUAGAGGCUGCUUUUGCCCUAGAGCCCGAAGAAUUCAAGGCCAAGUUUGGUGUCACCAAACCACCGCUGGAUGCCCCCGAGCUGGUGUUAUACUGCCAGAUGGGAAUGCGGGGGGGAAGGGCCACGAGUAAAGCCCAGGAACUUGGAUAUGUGAACGCUUCUAAUUAUAAAGGAGGAUACAAGGAGUGGUCUGCCAAAGAGGGAAACUGAUUAACAUACCAUUUAUGUAAAGCAAUGUGAAAGCCAGAUGGGAAAAUUGAGAAACAUUUUGAUAUGUUUUAUGUUGUAUUUUGAUACUAGGCUGCGUCAAUGUUGACAAAUGUUUGAAAUAAAGAAAAUUAUAUUACAAUG